AUGGCGAAGAAGCCGAAGCUGCUUUCACACGAUGAGAUCUGGGAUGACUCUGGUAUCGUGGAAUCUUGGAAUGAGGCGCUUGAAGAGUAUAAAGUACUGUAUAUGAUCCAGAGCCUUGUUCACUAUGCUGACGAUGUGAAGCUCUAUCACAGUAUACACGCAAAAGGAGAGCGGGUUGAGGAUGUGAUUGAACAUUUCAAGGCACAUGAAGACCUCGAUAAUGAGUUGCUUGAAGACAACCUCACAACUUCAGUCAAUGGAGCAGAGCAAUCUCUGGCAACAGACGAAGUGGUCGAAGAUGGAGUAUGGGAGCAAGAGCAAGAGGAAAUGCAAGAUGAUGAGCAUAUAACACAUAAUCUGAUGAUGUCUUGGUACUGGGCUGGCUAUUACACCGGCUAUCAACAGGGACAGCAGCAGAGUCUGGCACAACAGGCCGAUAAACGUUGA